AUGGCGGAUUUGAUACAGUUGAAGACAAGAUUCGAAACGGUGAGGGUUACUGAAGACAGCAAGGACAAGAUUAUCGAGGACCUCCUGUGCUGUGUUGAACGCCUCCAAAAUGAUCUUCAACGAGAGAAAAAUGAUUACCAAGACCAGAAAAAGUUGGUCGAAAUGUAUAGGAAAGAUGUCAAGAACAUAGAGAGUGAGCUGAGAGAAAAGACUGAUAAGGAAGCAAAAAUGAGAUUUGCAUCAGUACUUGUGGAUGGUGACCAUAUGAACUUCUUGAACGAGUUCGUUCGAGACGGACGAACAGGCGGUGGUUCCGCAGCAAAGGCUCUCAUGGAAGCUGUACGGAAUCAUGUCCGAAAGGUUGCACCCGAUGUCGACGCCAACAUUCAGUACAAGAUUCGGGUGUUUGCGAAUGUGGCUGGCUUAGCAAAGACGUAUCGUAAUACGGAAGUCUUGAGCUCAGAAUAUGCCUUGGGAUCCUUCAUCCAAGGAUUCAACAUGGAAAAUCCUCUGUGCGACUUUGUGGAUGCUGGCAACGGGAAGGAAUGCUCCGAUGUGAAGAUCCGAGGUGAUUUUACGAUGUUUCUUAUCUCCAGCGUUGCGGGCAUUUGCUAA